GGCUCAACGUAUGCGGACACGUCCGCCAUGCUGCCUGCUCGACUGCGACGGGCAACAGGUAUAUAUAUGCUGCGACGUUGCUGGUGGAUGCGAGGUGGCUGGGAGGCAGGAGGGCGGUGAGCUCCAACAUGAGGGGUCUUUGGUGGCGGAAGCAAUGCAGAGAGCGAAAUUCAAGUUGCACUGUGCGGACCACGAGACAAGCCGUCGAGUCUUUGGAUGUCGUGGCCCUGUUCGUUGUUGCAUCGCGGAAUCGAGGUUGAAUGGCGCUGGCAGCGUCACCCCGCCAACGCCAGCUGUUGACCAGCAGCAGCGCGUGCGGAUGCGACCGGUGCUUGUUCGUGAGGGCCACGAGCACGCUGCCCAUGGCCCGCCUGUCCAAAGCGCAGCCGGUGGCCGUUGUCGAGGAGGAGGACGAUGAGAGAGAUGUCGUCGCCGACAUGCCCGCCAUUCCGAGCCCACGAGCACAUUCCUCACCCCACAUCGCCAAACCGCAAGGCCUCCAGCGAGCCGACAGCGGCUACAGCCAUCACGACCUAGACCACGAGCAGCCUCGCCAGCAACACGACUUCGAAGAUGGCGACACGACGCUGCAGCUCGACAUCGAAGAUGCCGACGACGAACGACGAGAAUCCGCUUUCACUUCUGCCUCCAUUUCUUCAUUACCAGAGUCGACCUUCGAGACCGACUAUGAGCGAGGCGCCAUGCAUACUCCCUACACUCCGCCCAUGAUCCGACCCUCAUUUCGUCGACCGGAGUCAGUCAAGAAAAUGCAGAUGUCAUCUCCUGCUCCCUCAGAACGCAGCCUGAGACGAUCACUCCUCUCUCCACCGCGAGUGCGAACGCCCAAAUCUGGUCGUUCAAGUGCCAAAGGGAGUCCAGGACGCAACAAGUGGGCUGUGGCAGAUCUGGAGAUGGAGAAGAAGGACUAUCCACUUGUACUACUUCACGUCACAUUGCUGCCUAUAAACUUGUCAUGGAGUAGGCGCAGCAUGGAGGAUAUCCUACCAGCCAGCACGCUGGAAAGCCUGCGUCUGCUCAGAUCGAAAGUAACGGAGACCAUUCUUCAACGAGGCAUCUUGAUCCCGCAUCCAAGUGGCGACUAUGAGCUUCUGGAGGAGAGACUACUCGAGGCCCUGGAGCUCAAGCCAGAACGCAUCACCAAGUGUGGACACUUCCGAAGCAGGAGUUCUGUAUCCUCCACCGAUUCUGGGGUGGGCUCUAGUGUCGAGGGACUCGAGGACAGCGAUGUCUGUGACACAUGUCACCACCACUUGAAGCCCAUCAAUGCUGCUGUUAGUGCUAGGGGCAGGAAAUGGACCAUCAAAGUGUUCGCCGCCAAUGGGUUGAUGAGGGCUUCGGCCUGGACUGCUGCAUGGACGGAAAUGGAGCGCGUGGAUGUCGAGAUCCUGCCGUACAUUGACGAAGAUUUCCGUACGAAACUGGAUGAAAAAAUGCUCGAAGAGGCUGCGGAAGAAGAUGCGAGACAGCAAGAGGAGGCAAAACGAGUGUCGGAAGCUGAGCAAGAAUUCCGCACGCGGCAGGAGCAGCUGGCGAAACGAUCGAAUGAACGACGAGCUCCUGUACAUCGUACACCAUUGACUGAGGAGCCCUCAUCUGCAACUCUACAAACCCACUCAAGUUGCCUGGACGACUUGCCACAAGUUUAUCAGCCCAAGGAUAUCCCGCUCUCACUUCUGCUGAAAAAUUACAUCUUCCUACUUGCUCAGGACAAGCGAAAUGUGCUCGUCUUCGGCCUGGCUGCCAUCGCCAUGGCUGUGGCUCUCCGCGCCUGUUUGACGCCUAGAUUCGAUGCUUCAGUGCUUCCACCGGCUUUCGAGCAUGUGCAAGCAGACCCGCGAGGAUAUUCAGACCUGUCGGUCGCAAGCACACUCGAAGCUGCCCACACGACUAUCUCUGCGGAGGUGCCUCCGACAUUGACAGAACUAUCAGUAGAGGAGGUAUCCACUCCUACACAGUUGCCAACAGAGGAAGUCUCCACUCCGACAUCAAUAGCGGAUGAAGUUUCCCAGAGUGAGACCUCCACUUUCUCGGCACCAUCUCCGACUGUGGUCGACCCAGCAGCGUCUACCUCUCCAGAAGCCCCUCAGAAGGAAGGCACGCUCGAAAGUCUUGUAGACGAUCGAGAUCGGGAACUGAGUGCAUCGACCGAUGCGGGUACCGGCACUGAGCUUUGUCUCAAUACCGCUUCUGCGCUCGUCAUGUUUGGACAACACAUGGGCAGGUGGGCAGAUUGAAUUGAUGUAAUGAAUUGCACAGAAGGACACAGUAUGAUGAUGAGGAUGCGAUGUGAAAAUGAAGCGUACGUAGCGUAGCAUGGUGUUUUGGCGUUCUUUGAUAUCGAUCCUAGGAUGGGAUACACAACUACAAUUACGUUGCCCACCUUCUGCU